AUGGGAUCCACAGCAGCCUGCCUCUUUCCCGCCGCCCUCCUCCGCCAUCACCCGCCGUCACUUGGCGGUAAACGAAACUCCUACCGGACGUCGGUGGAAUGUGUUGUGGUGGCAACGACAGGUGUUAAACAAUUAGAAGAGAAGAAAAAGAAGGAGAAGCGGGUGAACCGUUGGAAGGAAUAUUUGGAACAAUCGAAGGAGUUGAUCGAAUCGGAAUGUGGACCGCCACGGUGGUUUUCGCCAUUGGAGUGCGCUUCUAGUUUGGACGGUUCUCCGCUUCUGCUCUUUUUGCCAGGCCUUGCAGGAAUUCCUUCAGAGGGGCCUGUUUUGUUUGUUGGCGACCACAUGCUGCUGGGAUUAGACGCAAUUCCCCUUUGGUGUAAACCGACUAACCUCUUCAAGCUUUUUUCUUCCAAGUAUGUCCUCUUAUACCCGGGAGGGAUACGCGAGGCUUUUCAUAGGAAGGGUGAAGACUACAAAUUAUUCUGGCCUGAACAACCCGAGUUUGUCAGGAUGGCAGCAAGAUUUGGAGCCAAAAUUGUACCUUAUGGUGUAGUUGGAGAAGAUGACGUUGGUCAAGUAGUUUUUUAUUAUAAUGACUUGGUGAAGAUUCCUUACUUUAGGUCUGAAAUAGAAAGCCUCACAGAUGAGGCUCCACAGUUGAGGAGGGUUUCGAGUGGUGAGGUGACAAAUCAACAAGUGCAUUUGCCUUUGAUUUUGCCUAAAGUUCCAGGUCGGUUCUACUAUUAUUUUGGAAAACCACUGGAAACAGAAGGAAGGGAACAAGAACUGAAGCACAAGGAGGAAUGUCAAGAGUUUUAUUUGCAAGUGAAAUCUGAGGUUGAGAGAUGCUUUACUUAUUUGAAGGAGAAAAGAGAAUUCGACCCCUACAGAGGUCUAGGGCAUCGACUAUUUUAG